AUGUCGAAGCCGGCCGUCCACUCCAUUGACGACCUGGAGGCUUAUGCCUCAACUCAUCUUCCAAAGCUUGCCCGUGACUAUUUCAACGGAGGGUCGAUUGAUGGUGUCACGCUUCGGGCUAACCGACAUGAAUACAAAAAAUGGUAUAUUCAACCUCGCGUACUCUGCGAUGUCACGGGAGUAGAUACCAGCACUCGUGCUUUCGACGGUGGUAAUGACAUUCCUUUCCCAUGCUGUGUCGCGCCAGCAGCGAUGCAGCGUAUGGCGCAUCCUGACGGCGAAUUGGCGACUGCUCGGGGUUGCGGAGCCUUUGGGACUAUCAUGGGCUUGAGUACGUUCUCAACGACGUCUCUCGAAGACGUCAAGACGGCAGCAGACGAGGCACGCUUAAGAGCAGGAUUUGAAGGUCCAAGCGAGUGUGUCUUGCAGAUGUAUCUUUUCGAAAAUCGACAGACCAGCAUGGACCUUGUCCGUAGAGCGGAAGAUUCGGGAUACCGAGCGAUAGUCCUCACGGCUGACACUCCUUUCUUUGGAAGAAGACUGACUGAGAUUCGGAACGGGUUCAGACUGCCAGCACAUUUGCGGAUGGCAAAUUUUGAUGCCUCAUUGGAAGUCAAAACUGGGUCUGAGCUUCGAACUGACCAGAUCCAAGGGAUCGAGAAAGGCCAAGAAAUGAAGCAAGCCAACAAACUCGAUGCUUCGCAGACCUGGGAAGCCCUGCGCUACCUGAAGCAGCAUACACGUCUCCCUAUCUGGGUGAAAGGGAUUAUGUCACCACAGGAUGCUAAUCUGGCCGUUGAAAACGGAGCUGAUGCCAUCUUCGUCUCCAACCAUGGAGGAAGACAGCUUGACGGCUCUCCCCCAUCCCUAAUGGUACUGCAAUCUAUCGCUCACGCUGUUGCUGGAAGAGUACCUGUGCAUUUUGAUGGUGGUAUCCGGAGAGGUUCCGAUCUGUUCAAGGCUAUGUGCUUGGGUGCGAAUAUGGUCUGGAUUGGACGUCCGGCUCUGUGGGCAAUCGCAUAUGAUGGGGAGAAGGGCAUGCUGAACGCUUUGACUAUCUUGAGGGUCGAGUUUUGUGAAUGCAUGGCCCUCGCCGGUUGUACAUCCUUAAAGGACCUAGGUCCGCAUCUUCUGAUCCGGGCAGAUUCCCGGAUGUAG